UAAGCAAGUGUUUAAUAUUUGCGCUUUUUGUAAAAAACCUCGAGCAACUGUACAGUAAACAGCCAACAGCACCAUCUCAGAGUGUCUAUAAGAUUUUGCGUGCAUUCGCGUGAGUCUUGCGGAAUUCAUCGCGUGAUGAAAAUAACAUUUGUUUACAAAUUGGAAAUCACGCAAAACUUGGCGGCAAAGUAUCUAUUGUGGAACCAUUGGUAAACCAAAUCUCAGCGUGAAAUAUCGCAAGUUCAGUUUUGAUUCCUCUAACUUUUCCAUUUCAAGCACGCUCUUAAGUGCCCUUGAAUAGGAAUGCAGAUGAGCGUGAAAAAUUUUCUGUCAGCUUCGUAUCAAAUUUUUGUCCUCUAACAGUGAUUCAUGGAAUUAGAAAUCUUUGGCUAUUGUGGAAAGAAAUUCUAAUUUGUUGCGUGCUCAUCAUGCCUUCGAGAACAAAUGGGGGUCAUUGAAAUAUACUUAACAAGAAAGCGCAGGCCUGCAAUUCAUCACUGCGUCUAGCGCAUGCCGAGUGGUACUGCUGCGAACAGUUGUGUUUAGUUUGUUUGUAAAAGCGUUACCGCUAAAUACCAGAGGUAAGCCGAGCCAAAUAUAGCAAAAGAAGCAAAGACUUUGCUAAAGAUACAUCCGUUCAGCUCCUGAUGUCUAUUUUCCGCAUUGCACGCUCGAGCUGUGACUAAAAAAAAAUUUGAAAAAUCACGUAAGAGGUCGGUAUAAAAGACAUUCUUUAAAUUCUCCCGCUGUGAAGUGCAACUCGUCUAGCUCUCGUUCCAGUUGAACCUCAGACACGGUGCAGUUGACAGUCCAGUUCUCACGCGUGAAGAUGAUCUACAGCACGUGUAUGUUUUUGUGCUACUAUCUCGGCACUUCAGUGCUGUUGCUUGCGUUUACAGUAUUGCGGCUUUUGAAACUCAUUCCUUGUACACAGUGGAUCAUUUCAGAGUUUGUAAACAAGAUUUCGACAAUCCAAAUGCCCAGGGAGGACUAUUGGGAUUCACUAUUCACAUGGCCUAUGUUAAGCUCCAAACGCUCGUCAAUGCUACUCGAACUGCAAAAGACAGCUUCUUGGGGAAAAAUCGCCCCAGACUCCCAGCUCAUUUCGGUAGACGGAAAAUCAAGUUAUCGUCUCUUAGAAUUUUGCAGAGGCAACCGUCCUCUCGUCGUCAACUUCGGCAGUUGGACCUGCCCUGUUUUCAGAACAAGGGUGAACGAGUUCCUCUCCAUCGUGCGAGAAUUCAGGGACGUGGCCGAUUUCUUGACGAUAUAUGUAGAGGAAGCCCAUCCAACCAAUGGUUGGAAAUUGGAGAAUAACAUCACAAUACCACAACACCAAACUCAGGAAGAGAGAUGUAGCGCUGCAAAGAUGAUGUUAGAUUCAGUUGAAUUCAUCUGUCCAGUUUUGGCAGACACCAUGACGAAUGAAGCGAACAAGGCUUACGCUGGCAUGCCUAUCAGACUCUACAUCAUCAGAAGGAACCAAAUACAAUACGCAGGGGGGAUGGGACCCACAUUUUACAAUCUUAAGGAAGUAAGACAAUGGCUUCAGAACAUCAGAAUUCAUCCGAAAACUGCCAGGCACAGAGCGUAGAUAAAUGCGCGGGAAAAAUAAAUGGACUUUAGUAUCACUUUAGACAACUUCUUGCUCUAGCACGCUAGACGCACGUGGAAUAUUUGAAUCUGUAUGCACGCUUUGACCGCAGACCACUUCAGUCUGAUAAUUAAGUAGUAUUUUGAAGGAUUAUUGUCUGGAGGAAACAAGCCGCCAAGACAAUUUACUGAGGGAAUUUAAAAAAAAAAAAAAUUGAAGGAAGACAUGGUGUACAUACGCAUCUUCAAGUCUGGUAUAAAUUUAUUGUAAAACAAGAAGAAUUUUGUACAUUAUACAUACAUAUUUUAACUAUUAUUUUGAUACUGCAGUUGUCAGGUCCAUAGAUAUUACUAAGUGACGACCACGCAUAGUGGGUAAUGUUCUGUUUCAAUGUCACGUUCUAAGUCGGAACAUUGUACUAUUCAAAGGGAAGCUGUGAAUAAAUUACUACACAAGCACAAA